CCGCAGGGCAUAAGCAGGGCAUAUUUCGCUUCGCAGGGUGCAUGUGAGUCUCGGAGAGAUAAAAGGAACCAGUACCCAGCUCCUGGAUGAGAGUUAAGUGAAAAUUCUUCGAGUGAUAUAUUAAUUCCAUACAUGUAGUCCCUAGAACGGCUUGGAGCUACUAGUAUCCAAUUUAUGGGAAUUCAAUGCAAACCAGUCGUGCUCUCAAAUUCAAAAUGGGGUUGUUCUUGCGCAACAUCUUCCUCUCCUUCACCCUCGCUCGGCUCAGUCAUGGACAAAACUGUCCCUUACUCGGGCCAGCUUACCCAGCAGUCACGGACCCGGUCUCCUCUCCGGCGUUGAACGCGGCCAAAGCCGCCUUCGAUGAGGCGCUCGCUCAGGCUCUUUCCAGUGGGCAGCUUGACAACAGCACCACCUCGUUUUCCAUCCAAGUGUUUAGCCCUCAAGCCGAGGAGCCAAUCUAUGAAUACUACCACACGCCAACGGUUAGCACAAACAGCUCCCGAAGCGCACGCCCGGCUCAGGUUGGACCCGGGACCCUGUAUCGAAUUGGCAGCAUCUCCAAACUGGUGACCGUGUACACCAUCCUGUCCAGCCUGUCGGACAGGUACUGGGACGAGCCGGUCACCAAGUAUGUUCCUGAACCCGAAGCUGCCGGCCGCGGACCGGCAGGCAACGCUAUUGACCACGUUCAGUGGUCUGAGGUCACCCUCGGAGCGCUGGCCAGUCAGAUGAGCGGCAUCGGAAGAGAUUAUUCCUUCGGAGACGUCUCGGCCAUGUUCCCCUCCGGUCUUCCGGGACUUCCCACGUUGGACGAGUCGGAGAUUGUCCAGUGCGGCACGGCCGCCGCCGGCGUCAGAGCAUGCACAAGAGAGGAGUCAAUGGCAAUGAUGCUGGAACGGUGGCCGGUUUUGCCGGCCUACCACUCCCCGAUAUACUCGAAUAUGGCCUUUCAAAUCCUGGCGUAUGCCGUUGAAAACAUCACCGGGCAAAAUUUUGCCAGCCUGGUCGAGGACGAGUUGUUGAAGCCCCUCGGGCUAACGCGGACAUUCCUGUCGACUCCAGCGAACGAUAGUGAUGCAGUCGUUGUAGACGGCUGGACCGAGGACCUAGGAGAUGAGGCGCCGGCCGGAGCGUAUAUCCAGUCCGUGGCCGACCUCAGCGAGAUUGGCCGGUCCAUCCUCAAUUCCUCGCUUGUUUCUGCCCAGGCGACCCGAAAAUGGUUGAAACCUAUCUCGCACACGUCCAGCCCCUUGGUAUCGGUCGGCAGACCAUGGGAAAUCUUGCGACUGAGGGUGCCCGUUGAGCGGUCGUCCAACACGACGCGGACUGUUGACGUGUACUCGAAGAAUGGCGGCAUCGGCCAGUAUCUCAGCCUGCUAGGGCUCUCUCCCGACCAUAACAUUGGAAUAUCGCUCCUCGUGGCCGGACCUUCAGCCGGGUCGGUGUACAGCGCUUUGCAGACCCUCGUCACGACCACAUGGCUCGUGGCGGGCGAACAUGCCGCCAGGGAACAGGCACGGGUCAAUUUCGCCGGCAAUUACACACUCCCCGAUAACUCAUCCGCCGAAAUCACUCUUCUUCCAGACGAGCCUGGCAUGUUCCUCGCCAGCCUUCUAAGCAACGGGACCAACAUGUUCGAGGCCGUGGGAGGGGUAGUCGGUGGGGAGCUGGGAGCCGAGUUCGGGGCAUGGCUAUAUCCAACGACCCUGACAGACGGCAACAGAACCGCAUUCCGAGCGGUGUAUGGCGCUUUAGGGCAGCCAGCCGAUGAACUGUGCGCGUCAUGGGGCGCGGUGGACGGCCUCCGGUACGGGGGUCAUCCAGCGGAUUUGUUCGUUUUUGAAGUUGGCGAGGAUGGACGCGCAACGGCGCUGGAGGUCCCAAUCUUAAAGAAGACCUUACGUAGAAGAGACUAAUUCCUGUACGGAUAUUCUUGUCUCUCUUAAAUUUUGAAAAUCUGGUAGAAGACGCCAUACGGCUAAAUGCCGCAUGGUAUCUUGGCUGCAGAUAUUCCAUAUAGAGGAGCAACCCAUGGCUAAGUUAACAAACAUCGCCGAUAUGCCGGUGCAUCUGACUGGUACUUGUCAGACAGCUGUUCAUGACAUAUGGACAUGUGCAAUGCAGACGAGGCUGUUAUGAAUUGAAAUUUGAGGAUUUUAGGUGUUGCUGUACGGUAUACGGG